AGAUGAGUGCCGAUGAGUGCGAUGCGAAGCUGGUGGCUGAAGGAGUCGAGGCCAUCGUGAAAUGGUUCGAUCCUCGCCGUUGUUACGGCUUCUGCUCCGUGACUGGAAAUCUUCAGGACAAAGUGCCUGAGGUUUUCUUUGGAGAGCAAGAGGCGAAGGCUGGCAGACUUCGUGGCUUAACUUUGUCUCGUGGAGAGCGUUUGGAAUGUGAUAUCGUAGAAGGAUGCGAAAGACGUUCUGACAAUGCACUCUCCAAGAGACGCUUCUCAGCAGCUGUGCUACGGCCGUGCCAAAGUGGAUCGGGACCGCCAGGAUCAGAUGCUGAUGGAGACACGCUGCGCAUGCGAGAGG